AUGCCGAAAUCAUGGCAACUGUUUAAGGGAAAGUUGCGCGAGCGCUUUCGCCCGAAAGACUUUGAAUACAACCUGCGUGAGCGGUUGUUUCAACUGAAACAACACGGAACUAUCCAUGAAUACGUGUCGUCGUUUCAGGAUUUGAUGUCUCAAUCCGAGUUGGACAUUUCGGAAAUGGAGAAACGUUUCUACUUCCAGAAUGGGCUUCGUGCGGAGACGGCUAAGAAGGUGAAGGAACUCAGUCCAAGGUUCUUACAUGAGGUCAUAGAGAUUGCAACGAACUUUGAGUUUGCUCACUAUGGAGGGCUAUCGUUAAAACCUGCACGUGGGCCGAAAGAGGAUUGGCUAAAGUCAGCCACUUGUAACAACUGUGGACAAUUCGGCCAUAUCAAGCCACAAUGUACGUCCACCAAGGAGAUGAACCACUAUGUUGGCGGAUAA